UUGCCAUUCUAAAUCUAAGAGUUCCUCUAUGUAGCCAAGGAAUUCCCAGCUUCUGGGCUGGGGCUUUUGGCUCAAGUGCCUGCCUAAUAAGUGCAAAAGUGUAAGACCCUGAAUUCAAACCUCAGUGUCAUCAAAAAAAAAAAAAAGGGGAUUCCCAGCUUCAGCCUAUGUCAUGGCACUCUAAGUAGGUGCUACCUUGCCUCCCCAUGUGAAUGAAAACAAGUCUAUGAGUUUACAAAUUUAGGGGAAAUCCACAAUUCUUAUUUUAUAAUUUCUAAGUACCGAAUUGUAUUUGCAAUUAGUUGGGAAUUCUCUCUGACUUCAGUAGUUCUGUUUAACCUAUUUUCUUAAAGGUAUAGCACAUAGAAACAGGUCAAUAGAAAUGUAUUCCAGCUGAACAUUUUUAGGUUGUUCCCAAGUCAGACUGUGUCCAAUUGGUAGGUUUGUAACCAUGUUGCCAAAAUGUCUUCAGUUUUGGAACAGGAAUUGACAAGUCUUAGCCCAAGUCUUUUCAGAUGCAUUGUAUCUGAUAAAUGUGAAAAGAAACUACCUCAGGUAUAGUAGAACUGUUGUGUUGCCCGCCCUUCUGUGUCUAAUGCCUGUGCUUUGCAUAGCCCCUCCUCCUAGGUCUGGAUGGAGGAUACUUUAAAGUGAAAUGACAGACCAGGAGAAUAACAACAACAUCUCAAGUAACCCCUUUGCUGCUCUUUUUGGCUCCCUGGCUGAUGCCAAGCAGUUUGCAGCAAUCCAAAAAGAGCAGCUGAAGCAGCAAUCUGAUGAACUCCCAGCUAGCCCAGAUGACUCGGACAAUAGUGUGUCAGAGAGCCUGGAUGAAUUUGAUUACUCCGUGGCUGAGAUCAGCCGCUCUUUCCGAUCACAGCAAGAAAUAUGUGAGCAACUCAACAUCAAUCACAUGAUCCAGAGAAUCUUCCUCAUCACUCUGGACAACAGUGAUCCAAGCUUGAAAAGUGGGAAUGGCAUCCCCAGCCGUUGUGUGUAUUUGGAAGAAAUGGCAGUGGAGCUGGAAGAUCAAGAUUGGCUUGAUAUGAGCAACAUUGAGCAGGCCAUCUUCUCUCGACUAUUGCUUCAAGAUCCAGGAAACCACUUAAUUAACAUGACUUCUUCUACAACGUUAAAUCUCUCUGCUGAUCGAGAUGCAGGGGAGAGGCACAUUUUUUGUUACCUUUACUCCUGCUUCCAGAGAGCUAAAGAAGAGAUUACCAAAGUUCCAGAGAACCUGUUACCCUUUGCAGUGCAGUGCAGAAACCUCACUGUGUCUAAUACCCGAACAGUUCUCCUCACCCCAGAGAUCUAUGUUGACCAAAACAUCCAUGAGCAACUGGUAGAUUUGAUGUUGGAAGCUAUCCAAGGAGCCCAUUUUGAAGAUGUAACUGAGUUUCUGGAAGAGGUCAUUGAAGCCUUGCUACUGGAUGAGGAAGUUCGAACAUUUCCUGAAGUCAUGAUUCCAGUGUUUGAUAUUUUAUUGGGCCGAAUAAAAGAUCUGGAGCUCUGCCAGAUCCUGUUAUAUGCAUAUCUGGAUAUUCUUCUCUAUUUCACUAGGCAAAAGGAUAUGGCAAAGGUUUUUGUAGAAUAUAUUCAGCCCAAGGACCCUAGCAAUGGGCAGAUGUAUCAGAAGACCUUGCUGGGAGUCAUUCUGAAUAUCUCCUGCUUAUUAAAGACUCCAGGAGUGGUAGAAAAUCAUGGCUACUUCCUGAAUCCAUCUCGUUCCAGUCCUCAGGAGAUCAAAGUACAGGAGGCCAACAUCCAUCAGUUCAUGGCUCAGUUCCAUGAAAAGAUCUACCAGAUGCUGAAGAACUUGCUCCAGCUCUCUCCAGAAACCAAACACUGUAUCUUGUCCUGGCUUGGAAACUGUUUGCAUGCAAAUGCAGGCCGCACCAAGAUUUGGGCCAAUCAGAUGCCGGAAAUCUUCUUCCAAAUGUAUGCUUCGGAUGCCUUCUUUCUAAAUCUGGGUGCUGCUCUCCUGAAGCUGUGCCAGCCAUUUUGCAAACCCAGAUCCUCUCGGCUCCUCACCUUUAAUCCUACUUACUGUGCCCUGAAGGAGUUGAAUGAUGAAGAACGAAAAAUUAAAAAUGUACACAUGAGAGGUUUGGACAAAGAAACUUGUUUGAUCCCAGCUGUGCAAGAGCCAAAGUUUCCCCAGAACUACAACCUUGUAACAGAGAACCUUGCCCUGACAGAGUACACCUUGUAUUUGGGAUUUCACAGGUUGCAUGAUCAGAUGGUAAAAAUCAACCAAAAUCUGCAUCGGCUGCAGGUUGCCUGGCGGGAUGCUCAGCAGAGUUCUAGCCCUGCUGCUGACAGUCUCCGUGAGCAGUUUGAACGACUGAUGACCAUCUAUCUUUCUACUAAGACGGCCAUGACUGAGCCACAGAUGCUGCAGAACUGUCUAAAUUUGCAGGUGUCCAUGGCUGUUCUACUUGUUCAACUGGCCAUAGGCAAUGAGGGCUCACAGCCAAUAGAGCUAACUUUUCCUUUGCCAGAUGGCUACAGUUCUUUGGCUUAUGUGCCAGGUAAGCAGACUUUCCCUUGGGAAGUUCCUAUUUAUAGCAGUCUAAGUUUAACUGGUAAGGAAGAUUUUGACAACAACCUUGACACAUUCAGAAUAAAGAAAGGGCACAUAAGCUCCAGCUUAUUCUCUGGUAAACCAUCCUUGCUGAUUUCUGGCUCUUGCCUUACUCUAGGAGACCCCCAUCAAUUUGAACAGAAGUUUAAUUAUCGUCGUCCCAUGUAUCCUAUCCUAAGAUACAUGUGGGGGACAGAUAACUAUCGAGAGAGCAUUAAGGAUUUGGCUGACUAUGCUUCUAAGAAUUUAGAAGCCAUGAAUCCCCCACUUUUCCUCCGCUUUCUUAACCUGCUAAUGAAUGAUGCCAUCUUUCUUUUGGAUGAAGCCAUACAGUAUUUGAGCAAGAUAAAGAUUCAGCAGAUUGAGAAAGACCGAGGUGAAUGGGAUAGUCUGACACCAGAAGCCCGCCGUGAGAAGGAGGCUGGCCUGCAGAUGUUUGGGCAGCUCGCACGUUUCCAUAACAUUAUGUCCAAUGAAACAAUUGGUACCCUUGCCUUCCUGACAUCAGAGAUCAAAUCACUCUUCGUGCACCCCUUCCUCGCUGAACGCAUCAUCUCCAUGCUGAACUACUUCCUGCAGCACCUGGUUGGCCCCAAGAUGGGUGCCUUAAAAGUCAAGGACUUCAGCGAAUUUGACUUCAAACCCCAGCAGCUCGUAUCAGAUAUCUGCACUAUCUACUUAAAUCUUGGGGAUGAGGAGAAUUUCUGUGCCACUGUGCCCAAGGAUGGACGUUCCUACUCCCCAACUCUCUUUGCACAGACAGUUCGAGUCCUGAAGAAGAUAAAUAAGCCUGGGAAUAUGAUUGUGGCUUUCAGCAACUUGGCAGAGAGAAUCAAGUCUCUUGCAGACCUCCAACAACAGGAAGAAGAGACCUAUGCAGAUGCCUGUGAUGAGUUCCUGGAUCCCAUCAUGAGUACACUCAUGUCUGACCCUGUGGUGCUGCCAUCUUCCAGAGUCACUGUGGAUAGAUCCACCAUUGCCAGGCACUUGCUCAGUGACCAAACCGAUCCUUUUAACCGUAGUCCCCUCACAAUGGACCAGAUCCGGCCAAACACUGAACUAAAAGAAAAAAUCCAGCGGUGGCUUGCAGAGAGGAAACAACAAAAGGAACAACUUGAAUAAAUACUGUGAACUAAACAAACCAAACACCAACCCCAGAGUGUAGAUUAAACAAUUAUUUGUGGUUUCUCUUUUUCUGA